CGUUCCCCAGUGGGUUAUACGCUGUCUUCCAUGUUGUAUUGCAUUAAUCAGAUUGAUGGCUACAAGCCCCUGCAGUUUGGGAACAAUGGCUGACCUCUCCAUUAUAAGAGGCGCUGUGUGUGACUGUGUACGCUGACUUACAUUCAGUUCUAAACGUUUCCUUGUUAGUCUUCUGAAGGCGAUUGUGGUGGGAGCUGCUGAUGGGUAUUAAGGAGCACACGUCAUGCACUAACUACAGCGUAUGUAUUAUAUUAUUGCUUUCUACUUUCUAAAUAACUCUCCCACUGCCCCCUCAUCUCACAUGUGAUGGCCAGGCUGGGGUAUCUCCCACCGCCCCCUCAUAUCCCUGUGUGUAACACGUGAUGGCCAGGCUGGGGUAUCGCCCACUGCCCCCUCAUCUCACAUGUGAUGGCCAGGCUGGGGUAUCUCCCACUGCCCCCUCAUAUCCCUGUGUGUAACACGUGACGGCCAGGCUGGGUUAUCUCCCACUGCCCCCUCAUAUCCCUGUGUGUAACACGUGAUAGCCAGGCUGGGGUAUCUCCCACCGCCCCCUCAUCUCACAUGUGAUGGCCAGGCUGUGGUAUCUCCCACUGCCCCCUCAUAUCCCUGUGUGUAACACGUGAUGGCCAGGCUGGGGUAUCUCCCACUGCCCCCUCAUCUCACAUGUGAUGGCCAGGCUGGGGUAUCUCCCACUGCCCCCUCAUCUCACAUGUGAGGGCCAGGCUGGGGUAUCUCCCACUGCCCUCUCAUAUCCCUGUGUGUAACACGUGAUAGCCAGGCUGGGGUAUCUCCCACUGCUUCCUCAUCUCACAUGUGAUGGCCAGGCUGGGGUAUCUCCCACUGCCCCCUCAUAUCCCUCUGUGUAACAUGUGAUGGCCAGGCUGGGGUAUCUCCCACUGCCCCCUCAUCUCACAUGUGAUGGCCAGGCUGGGGUAUCUCCCACUGCCCCCUCAUCUCCCUGUGUGUAACACGUGAUGGCCAGGCUGGGGUAUCUCCCACUGCCCCCUCAUAUCCCUGUGUGUAACACGUGAUGGCCAGGCUGGGGUAUCUCCCACUGCCCCCUCAUCUCACACGUGAUGGCCAGGCUGGGGUAUCUCCCACUACCCCCUCAUCUCUCUACAUGUGAGCCGCAAUAGGUAGGCUGGGGUAUCUCCUAUUGCCUCCCGUUCACAGGCCAUUGGGCUGCUGUUCGGCAUGCUCUGAACCAUUGCUGAUGGACUGGGUAGUGAGGCGGUAUGAAUGUUCUGCUUGGCGUGAGUGGGAUUGAUAUGAGCGAUACAGGCAGCAGAUGACCAUGGUGCCAGGCAGCGUGCCCACAGGGGAGGGGGGCUAUUUAUGCACUAGCCUGUGUGUGACUCAUCCUCCCUGUAUAUGCGCUAGUCCUUACACCAGAGAGGAGGAAGAGCUGAUCUAGCAUGGCAUGUCCUCCAGUGCCGGUCAGGAAUAUGUCUCCUUUAUUCUGGCGCAGUGUGAGAUGGGGUAAGGAGGGAGGCUACAGAAUCACUAUGGCUUCAAUCCUGGUGGUAGAUUUCUCUGGUGGUAAGAACUAGAAUUGCAUUUGUUUGAAUUUCUAGGGACGAGGUUGAAGACCGAGCACAACACAGGCUCUUGUUCCUCUAAUGUCGUCAGGAGGAACUCAGAGAGUGAGGGAGAAAGUGAUGGAGGAAGAGUGAGAAGGAGAAGCUGAAAUACUGCACAUCACUGGCCUGUUCCUAAGACAUGAACUGCACCUGACUCUGCGGACUGACUCUCAGGACUGACUCUGCACCCGACUCUCAGGACUGACUCUGCACCUGUCUCUCAGGACUGACGCUGUACCUGUCUCUCAGGACUGACUCUGCACCUGUCUCUCAGGACUGACGCUGUACCUGUCUCUCUGGACUGACUCUGCACUUGUCUCUCAGGACUGACUCUGUAUCUCAGGACUGCACCUGUCUCUCAGGACUGACUCUGCACCUGUCUCACUUCUGUGUCUAUGGCAUAACUAUAGUCUCCUGGAGCUAUGGCCUGUUCUCCUGUGCAAUAUAUACUCUCAGGACCAUCUACUGACUUGCAGAAUCUCCAUCUUUCCUGAAGAGGACUCCAAUUUUUUCCCCAGAGGUCCUCCAUCCUUCCCCCAGGCUACAGAUCAGUCUCAGAGGACCUCUCAUCCUUCCUCCAGACUCCAUAUCUGUUUCUGAGGGUCUCCAUCCUUCCUCCAGGCUCCAUAUCUGUCUCAGGUGACCUCCAUCCUUCCUCCAGGCUCCAUAGCCAUCUCAGUCAACCUCCAUCCUUCCUCCAGGCUCCAUAUCUGUUUCUGAGGGUCUCUAUCCUUCUUCCAGUCUCCAUACUCAGGUGACCUCCAUCCUUCCUCCAGGCUCCAUAGCCGUCUCAGGCGACCUCCAACCUUCCUCCAGGCUCCAUACCCAUCUCAGGCGACCUCCAUCCUUCCUCCACGCUCCAUACCUGUCUCAGAGGAUCUCCAUCCUUCCUCCAGGUUACAUAUCAGUCUCAGCGGAUUUUCACUCCAUCUUCCAGACUUGUCAUCUCUGUCCCUGGAACUCCAUCUAUCGCACUGUGAUGGGGGGUAACAGUGUUAAGAAUGCUUCAGACAUUCAAUCAGAUUCCACCAUGAGUCCUGUUUCACCCUCUCUGUACAAGCCUCACCACUCCCCUGUACACUGCCCUACUCAGGACAUCUUCUACACACCUAUGGCUAGUCCUGAACAAAGCCCCACCCCAAUGGACACAGGCCCGUCCCCUGAGGAGCAGAAGAGUGCAGAUGGUUGGGGUGCUCCUUUUGGACGGGCAAUGAAAAAGAUUCAAAAAGCAUCCUAUGCUUUGGAUCAGAUGCACAGUCAAUUGAGGGGGCUUCUAAGUUCCGGUAACAGCACUGAGGGGGCACGAAUACUCGAUUCUGCUCUUGGUUGGGAAGGCCGACUCAUAGAAGUGAGAGAAGACUUGAAAGGUGGACUGAAAGAACUUGGUAACCUGAAGAAACAGUACGAGGAGCUCAGCACAGGAAAAACAUUGGCAGGAGCAGAGACAGCAUAUUCUAGAGACACCGAGGGUGACAGAGACCUGCGAGACUGCGAGGAAUGUACACAAGACCAGUCUGCUGACACACGGGUGCUGGAAUCCAGGAGACCCCAACAAGAGGAGCGUAUGGAGAUGGGGAGAUUGCGAGACUGUGUUUACCAGCUGGAGGCAGACAACCUCAGGUUACAGAAGAAAAUAAAUGAGCUUCAGGGCGAGGUUCAGGACCUGACCCUGCUGCAGGCAGACCUCCGCAUUGCUGUCUCUGUAGCUGAGAGGUUCCGCGAGGAGGCGCAGGAGAAGCUGGAGAGGUGUGAGCGGGAAAACCAGAGACUGUGUGGAAUGGGGUCGGACAGUGUGGAUUGGGCAAAGAGUUCUACUGUGAAUGGGUCUCUGCAUGGUUAUCGGAGCCUUCCCCGGGGAGUUAUCCUAUCUGCAAUGCGGGAGCCCAUUCUGAAGUCCAGCAGUCUGAUGAGUGUACCACCUACAAGUUCUCCAGCCCAGAAUUCAGGCGCUGCUUCAUCAUCAUCAUCAUCGCGCAGGGAGAGGAGGGGGAGUCUGGAGACGCUACUCAAUGAGUCUAAAGCCACUGAGAAUCUGACUGAGGAUUCUGGGUCUUUCUUCCGCCGCUAUGGGGGUUCGAAGAGAGGAGUCUUUCUGCGCUGGGCCCAGGAUCGUACCUGCGGGUAUAAGCACGUGGUCAUUACAAAUUUCAGUACAUCCUGGGUAGAUGGCAUGGCUCUUUGUGCCCUCCUGCACUCCUACCUCCCACAGAUGAUCCCGUAUUCGCAGCUCCGCCCUCUGGAGAAGAGGAAGAAUCUGCAGCUGGCGUUCCAUGUUGCCGAGAGCGUUGGAAUACCCCCGCUGCUGACCCCGGACCACAUGCUCCAGACACAGGGCCCAGAUUGGCAGAAAGUUCUUCUCUACGUGGAAUCCAUUUACCAGAAAUUUGAGGCAUGAAGGUGUCCAGUCAUUCCUGUCUCAUGAUGACAAACCUCAUCGUGGUCUAACGUCUCUUGGGAAGCUGUACUGUGAUUGGUGGAUCUCUCCCCAUAUUAUACGCAGAGCCUGCUUAUUUAUUGGCCUUAUUUCCGGUGGGAUACAGCCUGCUCACAGCCAUGAUGUACACCUGGAUUCGGGCCUAAGAUGACUGUACCCAAACCCAGGAGGACUGGUCAGAUAUCUCCUGCAGCCUCCUCCGUAUAACUGAUGGACUUGGGUGAGGACUGAUUGUCCCAGGCUGAUAAUCUGAUCCGGGAGGCGCUGCUGGAAACUCCAGAAUGAAUGAGUGUGGAGUGCAUGGAUGGUCGGCCAGAUAUUUACAGUCUGAUUGUGCGGCGCAAUAGAAUGGAGCGGCUGUAAGUGAGUGACGCUGCGGAGUGUGAGUGGAGACUAAAUGUCCUUUUGCAGUUACAUAAACAAUUUAUAUUUA